AUGGCAAUAUCAAUGGGUGUACAACGGCCCGAGGUGUGGGGAGACUCUAACCUUGCCAUCGCCCAAGCCGAUGGAGAAUUCGAUGCUAAAGACCCAAAGAUGGUGGCAUAUCGUAAUGUCGUCCUCAAAAUAUCUGCCCACUUCGAAGGGUUAGAAUUUCACCACGUCUCCAGGGACAGCAAUCAAGCUGCAGACGUUCUCGCUCGCAUGGGCGCCAAGGGCGACCCGGUCCCUAAGAACACCUUUGUGGAGCAGCUCUUCAAGCCAUCUGUGGUGUGGCAGGACAAGGGCAAGGACACUAGAGCCAAUGGCCUAGAACAGAUCACCCCUCCCGUCAUCGAACCAAACAAAGAAAACAUCGGAGGCUCGACACUCGAAGAAACAACUUCGGCUCAUGAAGUUAUGGCAGUUAUCCCACCAUGGACCGAGCCCUUCCUCGCCUACCUUCUCCGUCAAGAGCUCCCAGAUGACCAGACCGAGGCAUGA